GACGAGAACUAAGCUCAUAUGAUUAUAAUCACAUAGACAUACAAGUUACACAUACACUAAAAAAAAUGUCAAAGUUGAGUUUUCUCAAUAGCUAUGGCUUUAACCUCUCAAGAAAAUCCUCUCUAAUUAACGCAUCCCAAACAAGCUCCUUCAAGUUUGCAGCCAGACAAGACUCCAAGACCAAAAAUCCUCAAACCUUUCAAUCAAACAUGCAAGAAAUGAAGCAGGUAUUUGAUACGUAUGAUAAAAAUAAAGAUGGAAAAGUCUCUAAGGAGGAAUACAAGGCUAUGGUGAGGGCCAUUAGCGGCAAGGGUAUUUCAGUAAUUUCAGACACGGAGGCCAGUAAGGCUUUCCAAGUGGCUGAUAAAGAUGGAGAUGGAUUUAUUGAUUUCAAUGAGUUCAUGUUGUUGCAUAAUAACAAGGUGAAGUCUAAGGAUAUUGAAAGUGCAUUUAAGAUAUUUGAUUGUGAUGGUGAUGGUAAAAUUUGUGCUAAGGAGUUAAUGGAAGUGCUAAGGAGGAUGGGCCAAAUGUAUAGUUUAGAGUCUUGUAAGAAGAUGAUUAAAGAAGUUGAUAAUGAUGGAGAUGGGUUGAUUAAUUUGGCUGAAUUCUCAACCAUGAUGACUAGCACCUUGAAGUUAGGUACUAAUCGAUGACUGCUACGAUAAUACCUCGUACAGGUCAACCUGGCUCGGGUUUGCAUACAAGGCUAUCUGGGAGUAGGGAAAAUGGUAAGAGGAAAUCCCCCCCUAAAGUGCCUCUAGUGAAUUUGAUCUCACAACCACAAGCUUUAAUUAACCUGAUCGAGUCUAGAUAUGUGACAUUUAAGUCACAAUAAGUUACUAAUGAGUUUUAAUCAUGAACUUGUGAAUUUCUUGAAAGUAUAAGUUUCCUGAGGGAUAUUGUUGCAUUGUAAUACUCUUGUAUUGUUUGAAUCCAAUUUUUGUUGUUUCUCAAAGUUCUGAUUUUGUGAAGAGAAGCAUAAAAUUUUAAUAGAUUAAUGGGUAUUAUGUUUGGAGAUGA